CUUAAAUCUCGUAGCUGGCUACCAUAGCAAAAAUGGCAAAAUCUAAGCGGAAACUUGCAAAAUUUGAUGAUUUUCUGAAAUUGUCCAACUUUUUCUACACCAGCGUGGGAGUAAGGCCCUAUGAAAAACCGGGUUUUAUUCAAGGCACUUCCCUCCUAUCCUCCUUCAUCUUCUACUUUGGUGUCAUCAAUAUGAACUGUAUGCUGGUGUGCGAGAUCAUCUAUGUGCUGAGAGCCUUUGCCACUGGAGAAAAUAUUUUACAGGCCAUUAUGACCAUGUCCUAUAUUGGCUUUGUCUUGGUGGGUGAUUUCAAAAUGUUAUAUGUCUGGAGCCAAAAAUCGGCCUUAACCAUAUUCGUGCAGCGACUUAUGAAAAUGUUUCCCCUGGACCUUGAACUGCAAAAGGAAUACCGCAUGCAAUACUACUUGAGCCAAUGUACCACUGUGACGGUGGGCUUCUCCAUGCUGUAUAUGAUCCUUAUAUGGACCUACAAUCUCUUUGCCAUCACCCAGUAUUUUAUCUAUGACAAAUGGCUGCAGACUCGUGUUGUGGGCCAGGAGUUGCCCUACACCAUGUUCUAUGUUUGGGAUUGGCGUGAUAAUUGGUCCUAUUAUUUGAUGUAUUUUCUACAAGAUGUGGCGGGAUAUACCUCGGCAGCUGGACAAAUAAGCAGUGAUCUGAUGUUGUGUGCCUUUGCCACUCAACUGGUCAUGCACUAUGAUUAUGUCUCCAAGACUAUGACCAAUUAUGUGGUGAAGUUGGGUAGUGAAGAUGUCGAAAAUAUGGAUAAAAAGAUCAAUAGAAACUUGAAUGCUAUUGCAAUUGUCCAGGCUAAGGCUCAAGCAGAAGAUAUGCAAUUUUUGCAAGAGAUGAUACGCUAUCAUGAAAAUCUUUUAAAUUUAUCUGAAGAACUUAACAAUAUCUUCGGUGUGCCUUUAUUGCUGAAUUUUGCCACUUCGUCCUUCGUCAUUUGCUUUGUUGGAUUUCAGAUGACCAUAGGAGCAGCUCCGGAUACUUUAAUCAAAUUAUUUCUCUUUCUCAUCUCAUCGAUUGCCCAAGUUUAUUUGAUUUGCCAUUAUGGCCAACUAUUGAUUGAUGCGAGUAUUAAUGUUGCGGAUGCCGUUUAUAAUCAAAAUUGGUCAAAUGCAGAAAUACGAUAUCAAAAAAUGUUGGUUUUAAUGGCCGAACGUGCGCAGAAACCUGCUCAAUUGAAGGCAACUACUUUUGUACUUAUCUCAAGGGGUACUAUGACAGACCUAAUGCAACUUUCAUACAAGUUUUUUGCUUUGUUGCGAACCAUGUAUGUGACGAAAUAAAGGCGAAAAUAACAAAUCAUAUUGAAACUGAUAAUAAAAAUUAAUGAUAUUUAUCUCAA